ACUCUGGAUACGACACCCGCGUUCACUGGCAACGGAUCGUAGUUCGCAAAAUGACGACUGUUAAUGCACCGGAUUGGGUUAAUAAACAGCUAUUUACUGGAUUACUCAAGCACAAUUAUGAUAAUUUUGAAACAAUCAAAAAGUUUUGUUGUGCAGCGGCGAUCAGUGGAGGAGAAAACUAUCUGACAAUUGUGCUGCGCAUUGAAAUCGAAAUGCAAAUGAAAGAUAAGAGCAACAAAGAGAUUAGUUACAUAUUAAAGAUCCCGUUGGUGAACGAUCGUGGGGAUGAGCACGACUUUCACGAUUUAUUUGUAACGGAGGCUGAUAUGUACGAUCGUCUAGUGCCAGAACUGGAAAACCUGUAUGAGAAGCAUGCAUCAAUCUCGGUGAGGUUUAAGCCGUUGCACCUGAAGUUCACUGAAUCUGCGCCCAAUUGUGACUACAUAUUGAUGGAGGAUCUACGCUCCAAGGGCUACAGGAAUCUGGAUCGUAUGUUCGGACUGGGACAAACAGAAAUGAAUGCCGUACUCAAAAAAUUGGCCCAGUGGCAUGCUGCCUCCGCUCGAAGGGUCUCCGAUUUGGGAGACUAUGAGGAACACUAUCAGAAGAGUUAUAUUUGCCCCGAGCACUACAAAUGGAUAGAGCAAUCGAAUAUUACAUUCAAUGUACCCUUCAUGGACUGUAUGCAGCAUUACGAUCUUGAUCCGGGACAACAGCAAUUGAUAACCAAUUAUACAUCUCGUAUGACAGAAUUGUAUAUGGAAUUCGGUCGAAUAGAUAAAACUGAUUUUUCAGUACUUAAUCAUGGAGAUUUUUGGUGUAACAAUUUUCUUUUCAAAUUGAAUGCGGGGCAGAUUGAAGACGUCUGCUUUGUGGACUAUCAACUUCCCAAAUAUGGCACUCCAGCCCAUGAUUUGUUGUGCUUGUUGAUGACAACACCAAAUAUUCAAAUUAAAUUGGAGAAAUUCGAUAAUUUCAUUGAGUAUUAUCAUCAACAACUUGUAUAUCAUCUCCAGCUACUUAAAUAUGAGCGCAAAAUACCAACACUAUCAGAAUUGCACACGAAUCUUCAUAAACAUGGUCUGUGGGCAUUCGUAUGCGCUCAGAGAAUGCUGCCCGUGUCACUUUACCCUGUCAGCUCGGAUUCCAAUAUAGAGAAUUUCAUGGGAGAUUCGGAUAAGGCGAUGGAAUUUAAGCGUAACAUUCUAAUGAAUCCAACUUAUGUUAAGCAAAUUAAACUAAUAUUACCCUGGCUUAUUGAGAGAGGCUAUAUAAUAAUGGCGACCGAUGCAUUAAACAGCAAAGUUCCCGAUUGGGUUCAGGCCGAGAUCUUUGUUGAUGUGUUAAAAGAAUCCGUUAAGGGUUUCUCUAAAAUUAAGAGCUUCAAGGCCAACAGCGGAUCGGCUGCAGGUGAAAACUAUGCGACGAUCAUGCUGAGAGUGAAUAUAGAAGUUGAACUGGAAGAUGGCAAAGACAAAUCUGUUUCCUUUAUGUUGAAACUUCCUCAUCAGUCGGAAAUGUAUCGACAAAUGUUGGAGCGAAAUAAUAUCUUCGAAGUAGAGCGCAAUAUGUAUGAUAUAACUAUUCCCGAAAUGGAGCAAAUGUACCAUGAUGUCGGAGUUAACGUGAAAUUUGGCGCUAAGUCAUAUAAACUGAAGGAUGCCAAGACGGAGUAUGUCCUUCUGGAGGAUCUGGCUCCCCAGGGAUUUAAGAAUAUGAAUCGGAUAGAAGGACUGGACCAGGUUCACACUGAAUCAGCGCUACGAAAGUUGUCCCAAUGGCAUGCAGCCUCCGUUGUGCGUGUGGCCACUAAAGGAGAAUAUCCAGAAAAAUAUGUUGUAGGGUUUUUCACAGAGGAAAGCCGUCAGAUAGUAAAGGAGAUGAAUAAAGGUUUACAACAGAACUUCAUUAAAUGCUGUGAGAAAUUUGAGGGUAACGAAGAAUAUAUAAAUCAAGUGAAAGCGGUCGAGUCAAAGGUCACCGAUCAGUGUUUCAAAAUGGCCACAAUCGAUGCUUCUGACUUUAAUGUCCUCAAUCAUGGCGACUUCUGGAGUAACAACAUGAUGUUUUCACACGAUUCAUUUGGAAACAUAAAGGAUAUUUACAUGGUAGAUUUCCAGAUUCCAAAGUACGGAAGUGUAGCUCAGGAUUUGUACUACUUCAUAAUGUCAUCCACCAAGUUAGAGGAUAAAGUGAAUAAGUUUGAUUAUUAUAUCAAGUUCUAUCAUGAAAAUCUUGUGGAACAUCUGAAACUUCUGAAGUAUGCAAAGGCAUUGCCAACUCUACGCCAAAUUCAUAUUCUGCUUAUUAAAUAUGGUUUUUGGGGUUACCUUACCGCAACAGGUGUCAUGAGCGCUGUUCUGUUAGAUCCUACGGAAUCCGCUAGUUUUGACAACUUUAUAAGCGACUCAGCUGAGGGUAACGAAUUCAAGUCGUUGCUCUACUCCAAUUCUCGAUAUCGGAAACAUAUAAGUAUCAUCUUGCCCUGGCUACUAAAUCGAGGCGUAUUUGAGGACCUUUAAAUUGCACAAUGAAAUUCAUAUAUUUAAGUAUACAAAUAAAUAUUGAUUAAUGUUUGGCAUUAUCAGUUCUGUUGUGUCAUACCUGAUAAAUUUAAUGUGAUGUUCAAUAGCGUGACCAAUAGUUUCAAACCGAUAACAGAAAA